AUGCUCGCCGCGAAGUCGCCCUUCGUCCUCCACGCAGUCAUCGAGACUUUCGCCGCCUUGUCCUUCAUCUUCGGGCCCGAAAAGCAGAUACCCGGCUGCUCACCAGCGACCAAGCUGGUCCUGAAACAGUAUGGCGGCUUGCUGUUGUCCUCGAACCUCGUCUGCCUGGUCGUCCUCCUGCAGGACAGGUUCGGCAGCACGGAGAGGAUGCUAGCCGCGGCUCUGGGCUUUUACCACCUGUGGCCAAUCCACCGCGCCCUGGUGCGCAUUGUGCAGCGCGCCCCUGGUGAUGCGCCUGGAAACCAGACUCUAGGUGGCCCGCUUGUGCAUCUGGGCGUCCAUGUUGUCGUGUUCGCCUUGUUUCUCUACGUAUCGCUGUUUCCUGGCCAGUGA